AUGGGUUGGAACUCUGCAGUCCAGUUUGUAUUUUAUGGCCUUGCAGUCUUGUUAGGAUUUGUCAUUGUGGCACUCAUAAUUUUCUCAUGUUCAAAGCUCAUAAACAUGCCCAAUAUUUCAUCAACAAGUCAUCAUCACAUCACAGAGAAGCCGAAACAGGCCAUGAAUACAUCAAUGGCUAUUCAUGUUGAGCCACAGAUUGUUGUCAUCAUGGCUGGAGAUGAAAAACCUACUUACCUUGCAACGCCGGUACUACGUCCAAUUCAACAUAGUGAUGAGCAAGUGAUCAAGAAAGGCCUGAAUUCUACCUUCUUAACCCUGAUUCCAAAAAUUCCAAACCCAUCUUCUUUAUCUGAUUACAGACCCAUCAGUUUGUUAGGCUGUAUUUAUAAGGUUCUAGCCAAGGUCUUAUCAAGUAGAUUGAAAUCUGUUUUGCCAAAACUGAUAGAUGAAACUCAAUCAGCUUUUGUAAAAGGGAGGCAAAUAUUGGAUGGUAUUCUCAUUGCCAAUGAAGUUGUUGAUUUGUGGAAGCGCAAUUCUUUAGGAGGGCUGCUUCUCAAAUUGGAUUUUCAGAAGGCUUUUGAUAGUGUCAAUUGGAACUUUCUUUUUCAUAUUCUUCAAAAUUUCGGUUUUGGUGAAAAGUGGAUCUCUUGGGUUAAGGAAUGUGUUUCUUCCCCUCAUAUUUCUGUAUUGGUGAAUGGAUCCCCUUCUCAAGAAUUUCCUCCUCAGAGAGGCUUAAGGCAAGGUGACCAUCUCUCCCCCUUUCUCUUUAAUCUUGUGGUUGAACGGCUAAAUAUUCUCAUCCAAAGAGCCAAAAAUCUCAAUCUUAUCAAGGGAGUGGAUAUCGGUGGCUCGGGGUUGAACCUUUCACAUCUGCAAUUCGCAGAUGACACUCUUAUGUUCUGCAAUCCAGAUUGGGAUGAGAUAAUAAAUCUGAAAAGAAUUCUCAGUUGCUUCGAGUUAAUUUCCGGACUGAAGAUUAAUUACCAAAAGUCUGUAAUUUGUGGAGUUGGGGUUAACAGGGACUUCACCUCUCAAGUAGUCGAAUUCUUCAACUGCAGGGUGAGUUCGCUACCAAUCAAUUAUCUUGGAAUGCCUCUAGGGGCCAACCCAAAAAGAGUGUCUACUUGGGAGCCUAUCAUAAACAAAGUGAAGAAAAGAAUAGUCUCGUGGAAGAAGAGGUAUCUUUCUCUUGGAGGGCGAAUCACUUUGAUUAAAUCUGUACUUUCUUCACUUCCAAUCUAUUAUAUGUCCCUUUUCAAAAUUCCUACCCAAGUGGCAAAUUUAAUUGAAAAAUAUCAGAGAUCCUUUUUAUGGGGGGAUAGUGAUGUCAAAAGGAAAUUGCAUCUUCUCAACUGGGAGGCAUGCUCUGUUAGCAAACACUUUAGAGGUUUGGGCUUCAGAAAGACUAAGGAAGGCAAUGAUACUCUCCUAUGCAAAUGGUGGUGGAGAUUCGCCACCGAAAAAAGUUCCUUGUGGAGGAAAGUUCUUUGUGCCAAAAACAAUGUGAAUGAAGAUUGUUGGUUACCAAAUGGUUCAAGCUUCAGAUUUUCAUCUGCAAUGUGGAAAAGUAUCUCAACUAUGGAAAGGAGAACACUGAGAGCUUGGGAAGAUGAGUUGCAUCUUGAGCUGAUUAGUAGAUUGCCACAACCUCUCAGCAUUAAUAACAAUUGUGUGGAUCAUCUGUUAUGGACUCCUUUCCCAUCAGGCUCCUUUACAGUUAAAUCUCUUUAUGAGAUUUUUGAAAAUUCUCUUCGUUUAACCGCUUUUCCGAUUAUGAAGAUGUGGAAAUCAGCAGCCCCUCCCAAAAUUAAAGCUUUUGGUUGGCUUGUUUGGUGGAAUCGAAUCGCCUCUUCGGAUCUCCUUGCUCGCAGGCUCAUUAUCCCCGCAAUCAAUCACUGUGCAUUCUGUGGUAUUGAUAACGAAUCUGCUUUGCAUUGUAAUUUCACUUGGAAGGUUUGGGCUGAAAUUUUUUGUUGGUGGGGCUCCCAAUGGGUCUCCCCUAGUUCCUUACAAGACUUGCUUUUAUGGUGGUAUGGUCAAAAGUACAAAAACCUGGGUAAACUCAUCUGGGAAGUAAUUCCAUUGGCUGUGGUUUGGAGUUUAUGGAUUGCAAGAAACAACAUGGUUUUUAACUCUAAAGUUCCUGUUUGGGGAAAUAUUGUGGAUAGUAUCAAGAUCAAAGUGGCCACAUGGGUGAAGUUUUCUAGUCAUUUGCCUAAUUACACAAUCCAUGAUUUCAUGCACUGUUUGGAUGGAUUGAAGGGCCAUAAAUUGUAG